UUACCUCAGCAGUGAAGGAAUUUUCAGGGAGUGGCUGGGAAACCCCAUUCACACAGUUUAAAAGCAACUCUGUACAAAACACUGGCAGUGUUACAAUGAAGUCCAUGCUACACACUUUCUCUGCUCUUCUGGUUCUGGGAAUCUGCAUCCACUUCACACAGUGUCAGCAUGUUCCUAAGCGAUGCACAUGUGUAAAGUCCAGGAACGGAGUACUGGGACCAUUUUCAGAUUUCACACUCACUUUAAAAAGACCUGGAUGCACGAGAGACGAGAUCAUAGUGAUCCUGAAGAAGGACAACCGAAAGUUGUGUCUAAGUCCUCACGGACCUCAAGGCAAAAGACUGUUGAAAUGCUGGCACAGAAAACAGGAAGAGGGCAAAAAUGUGAAGACAUGCAUGGGAAGACUCAGACCACGACAAAAGAAAAAGCAGCGUGCCAAAUCGAAAGAGAAAAAGAUAACCAGUGCAGCAUGAUGGCAGCUAAUGUGGUCCUGUAAACACACUGCUUUUAGUAAUCACUAGCUUCAUUUGUAUUUGUAUAUAUGUAGUGGAAUGGUAUAGGUUUAAUUUUUUUUUUUUUUUUUUAAAAAACAAACUUUAGGCUGGCCUAAAGGACUGUCUUGUUAAAGCUAGGUAAAAAU